AUGUCUCAAAUAACGAAUUGGCGUGCUAGCAAUACAGCAUCACAACGACCAUUAUUAGAACGUGUGGAUGAAGUAGAUGAUGAUGUAUCAGCAUCACGUUAUUCAACUAGUGGUACAGGUUGCAUGAAAUAUUUUGGUGUCAAAUCAUAUUUGCACAAUUUUUAUGAUAGAACAGAUCAGCAUUCCGAAUCAGAUGACUCACAGUAUAGAUAUUUGACACUUUCGCGGCGAAAGAAAUUCUCAAUUGGUUUUAUCAGUUUAUCAAUUGGGUUUUUAUUACCACGUAGAAAUAUUGAAAUAUCAUCGGAUGCAUCUUCGAUAACUAUUGAUCGAAAAGCGUUGAAUUAUAAUCAAAGUCUUGAAUUUUGUCAAAUUAUUGGAGUUUUUGUGUUUGCUCUUGGAGGUUUCUUAUUCAUUGUGUCAUUACUGUUACCAACAUUUUUUAAUAACUAUUGUGCAGCAGAAGUAGAUGAAUUGAAUCAUUACACCGAUCCAUUUAAAUUGCCAUUGCCCCAAAACUCUGUUACAAAAAAUAUAAUACCUGUUACAAAUACGUUGAAAUCGAUACAACCCAAUUAUCGAAAAGAUGAAUCAAGAUUAACAACACACGGAGUUGUACCAAUUCAAUCGUCUUAA